AUGAUGCUCAGCCCAGACCAAACAGACCCGGACCUGCCUUGGGGACAACCAGACCCGGAAACAGUCCUGAACGUCAUCAAGGUGGAGUGCGUGGCGGACGAACCCAUGGAGGCAGAAAGGAAGACACGUUCCCUCGCGCCGCCAGCCUUAACCAGGGAAGAGAAGAGGAGGCUAAGACGCGCGACGGCCAAGUACCGUUCUGCUCACGCCACACGAGAACGUAUCCGCGUGGAAGCUUUCAAUGUGGCCUUUGCUGAGCUGAGAAAGCUGCUACCGACGCUUCCCCCAGACAAAAAGCUCUCAAAGAUCGAAAUUCUUCGCUUGGCGAUCUGCUAUAUCUCUUACUUGAACCAUGUCUUGGACGUUUAG